UCCCUACUUUCCGCUACCCAAUUUCCGUUUUACGUCAGUGUUCGAAACGUACGUCGAUCGUCUCGAGAUUCCGUACGUCUGAGCUAAAAACAACCGUAAAUAAGGUGUAGGAUUGUUUGGUUCUCGUUGAAUUGGUUAUGUUAUGAUGCUGGAAGAGUUAUUUGUGCAGAUUCAUAAUUCACACUAGUAUAUAUUUCCUUUUUUAAAUCGCAGCAGUGAAACCAUAACUGGAAUAGUAAACAUUCGCAGUAUCUAGCUAGCUAACACGCUAGCGUGGUUUAACCAGGGUAGCUUAGCACUAGGCUACAUCGCAACAAUGCAGGCUAUCAAAGAUGCACCCACAAUGUCCGGACCGCUUGUUACAGCCAGAUCUGACACUGCUCUCGAAUUACACAAACCAACGGAAGAAAAUGUAGAAACGUCUAAAAGAAAGAUCCUCGACGAGGAAAGUUAUAUUGAGAGUUUAGAGAAGAUCAUCCAGAGGGAUUUCUUCCCGGAUGUGACCAAGCUUCAAGCGCAGAAGGAUUACCUGGAGGCAGAGGAGAGUGGAGACCUGGAGAAGAUGCGGGAAAUCUCCAUAAAAUACGGCUCCUCCCUGACCAAGUCCACCCCACGCAGCACUGCGCCCUAUGUGACUCCAGCUACAUUUGAAACCCCUGAGGGUCGCCCAGGGACUCCUGCUUCCAUGCUAGGGAAGCCGAGAGCGAGGAACGGAGAGGAAGGGAAAGGCGAGGAGGAUGAAGAGAAGCCCCUCCCAUCCCUGGAUAAGUUCCUGGCUAAGACCACCAGUGAGGACAACGCUUCGUUUGAGCAGAUAAUGGAGCUCGCAGCGGACAAGGAGAAACUCAGACACGCUUGGCUCUACGACGCGGAGACAGAGUACAAUCAGCGACACCAGGAGUUACUGGCUCUGCCAUCCUCUGAGCAGCAGGCCCUGGAGUCAGUGAAGGCUGGAGUCGAGACCUGGGAGUACAAGGCAAAGAACGCCCUGAUGUACUACCCUGAGGGCGUGAAAGACGAGGAGGCGGUGUUUAAGAAGCCCCGGGACGUGCUGCAUAAGAACACUCGAUUCCUGGGAGACCCUUUCAGCAAAGCCCUCAACAAGUCUCAGCUACAGCAGGCAGCAGCCCUCAAUGCACAGUUUAAACAGGGCAAAGUGGGUCCAGAUGGGAAGGAGCUCACUGCACAUGAUUCCCCCAAAGUGAAUGGAUACGGGUUUGAGGGAACCCCAUCUCCUGCUCCUGGUGUGGGGGAGUCGCCCCUGAUGACGUGGGGAGAAAUCGAGAGCACCCCCUUCCGUCUGGACGGCUCGGACACGCCCUACAACGAACGCAGCCACGGCCCCUCCUUCAAGAUUCCUGAGCCAGGCCGCAGAGAGAGGUUGGGUCUGAAAAUGGCCAAUGAGGCAGCAGCCAAAAACCGUGCCAAGAAACAAGAGGCGCUACGCAAAGUCACCGAGAACCUGGCCAGCCUGACCCCCAAGGGCCUGAGCCCCGCCCUGAGCCCCGCCCUGCAGAAGCUGGUGAACCGCUCCUCCAGCAAGUACACGGACAAAGCGCUGAGGGCCAGCUACACCCCGUCCCCGGCCCACCGGGGCUCCGCUUCCAAAACGCCACUAGGGGGAGACGGCACCCCGACAGGGACCCCCACAUCCAUCCCUGCCGGGACCCCUGUGUCACAGGACCCCGCCUCCAUCACGGACGACCUCCUGCAGCUUCCCAAGCGACGCAAAGCUGCCGACUUCUUCUGAACCCCGAAAUCCAGCGCCCCCCUUUACCUGCAAGCUCGCCUCUCCGAGGACUUCCUGUUUCAGAAGGGUUUGCGUUGUCACACUCUACGGAUUUUUCUAAGUGUGUGUGCAUGAAUGCAUGUGUACAUGUGCACACAGUACAAGUACACACAGUCAUACGAACAAACAGAAACGCACUUGGACAUGUGGAGAUUUUGAGGGCUAGAGGACCAGGUGUAACACUGCUAACCCCACUGCACAGAUCUGCCCUGUAUAAACUGCUCUGUGUGUGUGCGACAUGGAGUUAACUGUGUUGUUGGGAAAGCAGCACAGACUGUAUUAUGGACCUGACUGCACUGACUGUGUUACAGACUAUAAAGGCUGCGUUUUGGUGCCGUGUUGCAUAUGCCCUGGGGCAGCCUCCUCAAACCAGCAGACACUGCUAGGUCCUGUGGUUCAGUAGGAUGCCAGGAUUAUGAUGGAAAAUUGGAGACCUUUUGUACAGCAGCUAUGAUUCAUUUCUGUUUCACUGAUGAAAUGCAUUGUCCUUACAGUGGUUCAGAUAGAGGUAUAUUAAAGUCUGUAAUA